GCAGAUCCAUCCAAAUGUGAAUUUAUGAAAAAAGAAGUCAAAAUAUUAGGAAAAUUAGUUUCUGAAAAAGGAAUAAGAAUACCAGAAGCAUAUCUUACACCAAUAGAAAAUUGGAAAUGGCCAGAAGGAUUAGAAAGUUUUAAUGGAAGACUAACAUGGAUGAUGGACUUUAUACCAAAUGCGCAAGAAGAUAUGGCGGAAAUAAGAAAAGUUAUAAAUGGAGAAACGACAGGAAAAUCAAUAGAAUACAAACCAGCGAAGGAAGCUUUUGAAAGAUUAAAAGAAAAGAUAAAGAAAAAGACCAUUUUAGGAAAAGCAGACUAUAAUCAGAUUAUGAAAAUGUCAUCCUUAAAUCAACUACAAUCAGGAUACUCAAUUCCAAGAUUAGAAUUAAUGGCAAUCAACGAAGGAAUAGAUCACUUUUAUGCAGACCUAAGAUUAUCUAAAGGAAUACAGAUAUUUACAGAUAGUGAAAUAGCAUAUAGACUUCACAAAAAUAUAUCAACAGGAAAGAUAACAGAAUCACCAAAAUUCCUACCACU